CACCCCCAAAUCCAUUCCUCCCCCGUUUCAAUUCACCGGCACCGAGGGGAGGGUGGGGGCAGGCAUUCCGUCGAGCGCAUGGCGCUCGUCCCCAGCGGCGACCCGGCCGCGGUCUGCAACACCACCAUCCCCUGGUCCAAGAUGUUCCGCGACGCGUCGGUCCGGCGCCCCAAGCAGCCGGAGGACCCGCCGCCCAAGCCGACGGCGCCAGGGAAGAAGGCGGCCGCGUCACCGGACAUCGCGGGGCUGUCUCUGGAGCCGGACGCGCGGCUGGCGCUGUACAUCGCCAUGGCGCACGCGGGGCUGGCCACGGCGCUGCUCGUGCUCUACGGCCUCUACAUGCUCCUCGCCGACUUCCUCCGCCCGAUGCAGUGGGCGCUGCUCUGCUCCAUCCCGCUCCGCGAGACGCAGCACGCUCUCGUCGCCUUCUGGGAGCCGCCGCUCCGCGGGGGGUUCAGCGCCACCGUGCUCGCGCUCCCGCUCGCCGCGCUGCGGUCCUGCGCGGCCACCCUCGCCGACGCGCGCGCGGCGCUCCUCCGCCGCCCGCUGCCGCCGUCGCCGUCCUUCCCGCGCCUCCUGCGCUGGCUCGCCUCCUCCUUGUUCUUCCUCCUCCUCUUCGAGCGUCUCGGCUCCGCCGCCGCGCUGCUCCUCCUCGCCCUCUCCCUCGCCUUCUUCGCUGCCUCCCCCAAGCCCUCCUCCUUCCUCUCUCGUGCCGCCACUUCCCGCAUCUCCAGUAGAAACCCCUCCUCCCGCGGGCUCCUGCUCACCGGCGGCAUCCUCCGUCACCUCAAGACCCUCGUCGCCGUUGGUCUCAUGCUUGGCAUGAUAGCCGGGUUCCUAGCGGGCAGCGUCUUCUUCUCUUACAAGAUCGGACUGGAAGGCAAGGACGCGGUCAUGUCCCUCAAGUCACACGUCGAGAACGGCAACUACUCUGAAAAGAUUGGCCUCAAGAACUGGCUUGACGACAAUGACAUCCCUGGCUUGGUGGAUCAGUACUCAGCCAAGCUCUAUGACACUGUGUGGGAGCAGUUAGACCAAUUAGCCGUACAAUACAACCUUACUGAUUUCACUAGCGGAUUCCGGCAUUUCUUGAUCAGCCAAUCAGUUGGCCCAUCUGGUGCCAAGAGCAAAGAACUCAUCACUUCUGGACCGCACCCAUACUCGAUGAAGCUGCAGUCAAUUGCGGUGCGUGUGAGGAAAAGGGAGUGGGUGGAGAUUUACAAGGAGCUCGAUUCAUUCUUCAGGGAGCUGUUAAUCACAAGGGAGGAUUUGGUGGUGAAGGCCAAGGAUCUGGCUUUGCAAGGCACAGAGAUUGCAAAGAGUCUGCUAUCUAGUAGCACAUCGGUGCUCGGUGGUAGUGCCAAUUUGAUGCUGUCUAUUGCCCUUCGCAUUCUCUCUGGUGCAGCUGAGGUGCUCAAUUUUGUGUCACAGCUGAUGGUCUUCUUGUGGGUGUUGUACUACCUCAUCACCGUCGAGGGUGGUGGGGCUACAGAGCAAGUCAUUGACCUUUUACCAGUGUCAAAACAAGUAAAGGACCGUUGCGUUGAGGUCAUCGACCAUGCCAUUAGUAGUGUAUUGCUAGCCACUGCCAAGAUUGCUAUAUUCCAAGGAUGCCUGACAUGGCUGUUGCUCAAGUUCUUCAAGGUGCAUUUUGUGUACACAUCAACCGUGCUCACAAUCAUCAGCGCACUUUUCCCAAUACUACCUCCAUGGCUGUCUUCGAUAUUUGCGGCAGGGCAACUGCUGACGGAAGGGAGAUAUGUGCUCACAGUUAUGGUAACAGUGAUACACCUUGUGAUCAUGGAUUAUGGAACCACGGUCAUUCAGGAGGAUAUACGUGGGUACAAUGGAUAUCUCACUGGCCUUAGCAUAAUUGGUGGCAUGACAUUAUUUCCCAAUGCUCUUGAGGGUGCAAUACUAGGUCCCCUUAUAAUGACGGUUGUGAUAGCAUUGAAGAACUUGUACACGGAGUUUGUGCUUGCUGAUACAGAGGAGACCAGCAGCUAGCACUGGAUGAAAGGCAGCAUGUUUGAAGAGAAUACAUGUGUAGGAGUUUUACUCUAUAUUUCCAUGUUGGAUUACCCCUUGUACAAUACCUGAGUAUACACAGAUAUUGCACCAGUUGUGGUUCUUUCCUUGUUGUAAUCUGCCCUCUUUGUAGUGCAACUUAAAAUCUAAUGGGUUUUUCCAUGGAUUUGGUUUUGAUAUAUAUAUGGAAAUGGCCCGCUGUUUGAUUGAUA